AUGGCGCCCUCAAUGACUCUGGCUGCCCACCCAACAAUCCCCAAGCCUGAGGGCCCCGUGAUGGUGUGCAUUCUUGAUGGAUGGGGCGUCAAUGUGGAGGAUCAGUACAACGCCGUCUUCUCCGCGGACACCCCCAACACGGAUGCCCUGAAGGCCGUGCCAGAGAGGUACCGCUCCGUGAAGGCUCACGGCACCGCGGUCGGGCUGCCCUCCGACGCCGACAUGGGCAACAGCGAGGUGCGGGGCGCCCAGGGAGCAGGGGCGGCAGGCGCCGCGGGCGCUGCGCUGGCCAAAGCAACGGCGGCGGGCGAUGAAACAGCAGACUCGUUCAUGUCCGCUCGCUCUCUGAGGGUCGGCCACAACGCGCUGGGCUCCGGCCAGGUGGUGGACCAGGGGGCCCGCCUGGUGGACAUCGCGCUCGAGACAGGCAAGAUGUACGAGGGCGCCGGCUGGAAGCUGAUCAGCGAGGCGUUCGCGGACCACACGGUGCACUUCAUUGGUCUGCUGUCGGACGGCGGGGUGCACUCGCGCUACGACCAGCUGGUUGGGUGCAUCAAGGGUGCCGUGGAGCGCGGCGCCAAGCGCAUCCGCGUGCACGUGCUGACCGACGGCCGCGACGUCCCCGACGGCUCCAGCGUGACCUUUGUGCAGCAGCUGGAGGAGGACCUGGCCGCGCUGGCAGACAAGUGUGACGCAAAGAUUGCGUCUGGCGGCGGCCGCAUGAACAUCACCAUGGACCGCUACGAGCUCGCACACCUUGAUGAGCCGCCCUGCUGA